UAAUAGAAUGUAUAAAAAAUGAUAAUUAAAGUAAUUUUAUAAAACCUUGGGUGAAUGAAGUUUUGAAUAUUGUUAGAUACUAAAAUCAAUUCCACCACAUUUUAUUUCUCCCAGCAAAGGCGCGAAUUUCGAAUCUUAUCCUUAACAACAAGAGACGUUGAGGAGGUUUAUCAGAGCUUCUGUUUUAACUAAAUUUAAUCGAAAGUUAUUUUCAGAUUGACAGUGCAGCACUUCUAAAGAUGACUAAUUUCAACGAAGAUGAAUUCAAUGAGCUCAGCAAUCGCAUGAAGAUCAUUGCAGAUGCAGACCAGGGGCAGUACCAUAACAGUUACUCCUUGAAGCGUUACCUCAAAGCCUUCAAGACUGCUGAUGAAGCUUUUAAGGCCAUUUUGAAGACAAACAAAUGGAAGAUUGAGUAUGGGGUGGCUGAGUUAACUCCAGAAAUGCCUCUAAUUGCUUCUAACAGGGAGGCCAAGAAGGCUAUUGUUUUGAAGCACAGGGAUCUGGCAGGGAGGCCUGUCAUCUACAUCCCAGCUAAGAACCAUAAUGUAAAUAACAGGAAUAUUGAUGAACUGACCAAGUUCAUUGUUUUUUGCCUAGAGGAGGCUUGCAACAAAUGCUUUGAGGAGGUAGUUGAUAAUCUGUGCAUUGUUUUUGAUCUGCAGGAGUUUGGUCUGAGCUGUAUGGACUAUCAGAUGAUCAAGAACCUGAUUUGGUUGUUGAGUAGACAUUACCCGGAGAGACUUGGGGUGUGCCUUGUUUUGAAUGCUCCAACACUGUUUUCUGGUUGCUGGACUGUUAUAAAAGCUUGGUUGGAUGAGAAUACUUCAAGCAAAGUGUUCUUUGUGAAUUCGGAGACGGAGCUCUGCUCAUUUCUGAUUCCCGAUAUAUUGCCCAACGAUGUAUGAGGAGAAUGCGCGAGGCUGUUAAUUAAUUACGCUGAUCAGGGUAUAAUUUACUAAGGUAUAAACUAAAAAAUAACUGAUCAUAUCAGAUGUUAUAUGUUAUCUCAAUUACUUGUUAGUCAAUUAGUAUUAUCGUUGUUAUUAUUGAUACAACCGCUUUAUAUAAUUUGUGAUUAUUAAAUUCUAAGA